AUGAAAGGGAGGAGGGCCCUUAAAGCUGUCACCCUGAAGUUUCUAGCCGUCUUGCUGGUGGCAGGAAUGCUUGCAUUCCUCGGUGCCAUCAUAUGUAUCAUUGCAAGUGUCCAUCCUGCAGCCAAAGGACCUGUCCAAGGUGCUGAAAAUGAAUCUUCGGCAGCAGCGCCUCUGGAGAAAAGUCUGGGAGCUCUCCAUGGUGUGAAAACUCUCUAUGGAUCCAAGGAUGCUUUCUUGGAGGUCUCAGGAUCCAAGAGCCAAGCACCUCCAAGCUUCAGCCGCCUCCUGUGCACUCCUCUAGCCAUGGAGUGCCCUUCCGAUGUACAGAGAGAUGCCCCCCAGCCUGUAGGAGAGGAUAUCCUCUUCUUGCAAACCACAGCAGAGCAGCUGAGGCAGACAGUUCUGCAGCAGAAAAAGCAGAUCCACACUGACCAGGAGGCCAUCAGGGAACUGACCAGCAAGCUCAGCCGCUGUGAAAAUGGGCUAGACAAAAGCUACAAGGAAGGGGAUGUGUGGGGAGCUAAGGAAGGAACCAUGGGGGACCUCCCUCUGGACUCCCCUCAGGCUGUACAAGAGCUGGAGGAAGCGGUGAGGACCCUAAAGGACAGGAUCGAGAAGAUUGAGUUGGAGAUUCAGCAAAGAGUACACAAUGCUUCCUCUGCCGCUUCCACCACUUCUCCUUCCCCUGUCCAUGGCAAGGACUCACUGCAGUCCAAGAUGCUGGAGCUCGAGGCACAACUUCUGGCCAAACUCCUAGAGCUGGAGAAGGAACAGACAACAGAAUCUGGGGAAAGGGAUAAACAGGACAUUGAAAAGGAAUUGAGUAUCCUGCAGAACCGUAUAGCAGAGCUGGAAAGUGGCUACCCUGGGUAUCACCCUGAGAAUUUUAAGAUCAAUUUCCCAGUCCGCACUAAUUACAUGUACGGGAGGAUGAAGAAGACCCUACCGGAGCUCUACGCUUUCACCAUAUGCAUGUGGCUAAAGGCAAAGGCCUCCUCGGGUUCUGGGACCCCUUUCUCUUAUUCUGUGCCAGGUCAGCCCAAUGAGAUUGUGCUACUUGAGUGGGGCCACAAUCCUAUGGAGUUGCUCAUUAAUGACAAGGUGACUCAGCUGCCCAUCAACCUGAAGGACGGAAUGUGGCAUCAUAUUUGCGUGUCCUGGACCACAAGAGAUGGAAUGUGGACGGCCUACCAGGAUGGCAAAAAGAAGGGAUCUAAUGACAACCUGUCUGCCUGGCACCCGAUCAAACCUGAUGGCGUCAUUAUACUAGGGCAGGAGCAGGACACCCUUGGAGGACGCUUUGAUGCCACUCAGGCAUUUGUGGGAGACGUUGCCCAGUUUAACAUGUGGGACCGCGCUCUCAGUGCAGCGGAAAUCGAAGGCAUUGCCAACUGCACAUCGCCCUUCCCUGGCAACCUCAUCCACUGGGAUGACCGACAAGUAGAUGUCUUUGGGGGAGCCACAAAGGGCCCAUUUGAGAGUUGUGAGGAACGCCUCAGUCGUUAAACCAGCCAACCCUGCGAGCCCCACUAUCUGCCAUCCAUUCACCCCCUCAGAAUCACCAUUGCAGGAUUUCACAGCUUUCUACAACACAUGAUACAAAACCUGCUUGUGUUGUUCACCACAAGAUAAAAAUAAACACUGUGUCUGUGUGUGAUUGGUUAUAAAGAUGCGAGGGUUAGAAGGUACUCCGGGUAAACCAGUCUUGUGUGUGAGAUGCUAACAGUCUGUGUAUUUAUAUUUAAUAACCAGAUAAUUAGCAGACCGGUGAUAAUACAGUCUCUCUUUUUCUAAGCCAUAGAUAUAUGGGUCAAUUGAGACAACAUGGCCUUUAUAUUGCUCUGAAAAUCACUAAACAAUUGCAGCACUGAGGCUGUUAGUUAUAAAUUAUAUAUUGUAUUUUUAUUUGGAUUGUGGAUCAGUUUAGAAGUAAAGAGGGAACUGUUCUCCCUAGCACAAAUAAUGUUCACAAUUAUUAAAAAGAAAUGUGAUUAAUAACACUGUGCGUCCUAUUAAUGUUCAGAAUGGCUUCUUCUUUUAGGAUUAAUCAGACCUGGUCUAUAUGUCAUCCAAGUAAGAUUGUAGCUUCACCAGAAAAUGCCCCUAGCCCUUCUGCUUUACGAGAGGUCUGUUGAACCAAUGGGAUAAUCUACUCAAUUAGAGUAUCCACCCAAAUACUUAUUAUGAAUGAUUUAGUGUCUCUCACUGGUCCAACUGACACACAAACUGCACAAAGCUUAGAAAUGUAAUUGGGUGUACAGUAUGGGUGGCGUUUGUGAUAUCACAACCAUGAUGCACUGUGACAUCAGACAUUACAGCCAUGAACUCCCACAUAAUCUCCCGAGAUUCCUGUUAUAUGUGUUACUCUGGGCCUACAUACUUAUCGCUCCGCACAAUCAGUGUCCAGAAACUCCUUACCCAGUUCCAUUCCCCAUCUCUCUCUCUCUCUUUGUCCCAUUAAGCAUUUUUAUUCUAUUUGACAUCCUUAUCCCAUCUUCAAUCUUCUGCCAACCUUACAAUUUCGUAUUCCUGCUCUCACUCCCACCCCAGCUUGCUCUUUUGGUACAUUUGUGAACUGUCUAUUUUGUAUAUUACUAGUGUUGGAAAAUAAAGAUGAAGUUGUGUUUGUUUACAUUUUUUUUAAGAGAA